CCCCUCCCCUCCCUCCUCCUCUUCCACAACCCUGCAUGCAGUGAUUCUCUAUCCGCUUUUAGAGAACUACUGCAUUUUCGUAUAGUACUCGAUCGUAUACCUUCUUCGUUCAACACCCACAUACGUACACACAUCCAAAAGAGCCAUUCCGUGCAGCUAGCUAGCUACCUAGUUUCCAGCAAAAAUGGCACGCCAAAUCGUCGUUCUUCUCCUAGUUAUCUUUGCUGUUGUCGGGCUGGCUUUCGCCGAGACACAGACCCCAACCUCUGCACCUGCCCCAAACAACGACGAUAUUGGAAACACUGACGACGGAAGCAGUGGUAACGAGGUCGUUGCGGCCCCAGUCGGUGGACCUGUGUCUGCUGAUGUUUUCCCUCCAACCGAUGCUGAAGGUCCUGGGACAAAUGCUAGUGGCGCUGCUGCCCUCAAGGCCUACGGCGUCGCUGGAACCUUGGUGGCUGGUGCUGUUGCUGGCUUCUUUAGUUUUUAUUAAUUAAUUAAUCAAGCCGUAGUGCAUAACCACCAUUAAUUGAGGCUUAUUUUAAAAA